AUGGCUAUCGCCCCUUCCUCCAAGACGAUUCACGUCACACCUGACUCCAACAGCCAUCUGCACCAGAUCGCGAAUACGAUGGCAAAUGCUAAGAAUAUCAUUUUCGUAACGGGUGCAGGAAUCAGUACCGGCGCAGGCAUCCCAACCAAGGAUUUUCGUUCCAAAAAUGGCCUGUACACUGCUGUGUCAUCGAAUGCCCGAGAUCUAUUUCAUGUGACCGCAUUUUCUCACCCUCAAGAUGGGCCUGCUCUGGUAGCACUCUGCACCCAAAUCCGCCAGAAGGUGUCAAAAGUGGCGCCGACGAAGACACACCAACUUGUCAGCUAUAUUUCAUACGACAAAAAUUAA